AUGAAUAAAUUGAGUAAGGUGUGUAGAUAUUAUAGCAACGUCAUGAAAGGAUGGAAUGAAUCUGAGAUAUUAAUUGACAGAAAAUCGAAAUUUCAAGGUCGAAGCUGUGCAGUGACUGAUCAAUCUAAUGUUCCGAAGUUAUUAGACGAACUCAUUCAAAAUAACAAGAGUGUCUCGAAAGCGUCACAUAUGCAUAUGUAUGCAUGGAGAACUGGAGAUAUUACGAAAAAGAUUGACAAGGAUACCAAAAAAAGCUCGAAUCGCAGCAAGAAACAAAAUAAAGAGGAUCCUGUCAGUAUACAAAAUAUACAACAAGGUUGUGCAGAUUGUGGAGAGUCAGCUGCUGGUCAGCGACUUUUGACACUAUUGGAGAGAGCAAAUGUAGUCAAUGUUUUGGUAAUCGUUACUAGAUGGUAUGGAGGUACUCCUUUAGGAUCUGCACGAUUCAGACAUAUUUCAUCUGUUGCAGUUGAAAGUUUGAAAAAUGGCGGAUUUCUUCCUUAA